AUGCGCAAGAAUGAAUAUUGGUUUAUACCGUAUGAUUAAGAGUUCAAUAGAAAAAAUUAUAAUUAAAUAAACUUUAUGAAAUAUGACAAUUUUAUUAAGUCAUUACCAAAAUUUAAAGAAAUUCCUUAAGAUUAUCAUUUAUCAAGCCAACCUUUAGAGCAAGAUAUUUAAAUAAAUGUAGCAAAUAUUAUUGGGGAGUUGAUCAACUUUUUUUAACCAAAUAACCCAGAUAUAUAUUCUACAGAUUAGUAAUGGGUUGAAUUUGUAAUUAGAACUUAGCUCUUUAUUAAUAUCGAAAAAUAUUAUUGCUUAAUAUUUUGGAGAUUUAACACUAGUAAUCAGUUUUGUUUAAAAAGAAUUUGGGCGUUUUACGUCAGGUUUUUAAAAUUUCUGGAAGCAUUUUAGCAAGCCGUUUAUAAAUUGGAUGGUCAUAGAAAAUCUAAGUCAAUUGAAGAGGUUAAAGAUUAUUUGCAUGUAAAAUUGCCUGGUCUUAAAUUAUUUUUAGAAAAUGUAAUAUUAGAAAUAGAUAGUGCUUUAGAUUCUAAUUAAAGAAACAGUAAACCUUCAUCUGGUGUCUCAAAUUCUUUUAAAUAAUAAAAUUUCUAUUAUUAGAAUCUUCUUUUUGAAACUAUCAAAAACAUUGUAAAACACUUUACUAAAUACCCAAACAUUAAGUUAAUUGAGUUCAUAUAGGCUAAAGAAAUCAAUUAUAUAUAUUAAUAAGUACUUGAUUCGAAUGAUGAAUCUUCAAAAGUUUUAGAUUCUAUAUUGAAUAAAUUUGAAAAAUCAACCCAACAGCCAGUGGAAGAAAAAUUUGAAACACCAUUCUUAAAAAAUAUUGUAACUAGCUAGUCAAAAAGAUUUUAACCUUAAGAUUCAAAUAAUGCUCAUACUAAUUUCCUAGAAAGAUUCGAACCAAAAUUUACUUCAAAAAAGAACAAUGGGUCUGAACUUAAUACCUUAUAAACUAAUAGAAUGUACACAACUCAAAAUAAUACUUUGACAUCAGUUAACACUGAAGCAACUGAUGAAACUAUCGUGGAAGAUGCUGAUGAUUACAAUAAUUCUAGUAUUGCAAAAAGUUUGAUGCAAUUAAAAUAUUCUUAGGGCUAAAGUACAGCAGCAUAAAAUAUUCAAUUUACAGAAGUCAGUAUUUACAAAGACUCACCAAACUUUCCAAGCAUUUAAAAAAAUCCAAUGAUGUCAUUUCUUUUUCCAGAAGUUUAUGAAUUUUGUAAGAAUAAUACAAAAUAAAAAUAAGGUGUGCAGAAUGAUUUGAAUCAUAAGAUGAAGUUUGGUAAUGAGUCCAAAAAGGAUAUAGAAAAAGCACUUAAAAAAAAGAAUGAAAAUCUGAAUUCCAUUAAUGAUAUGUAUGAUGAUAGCUAUGAAGAUGAUAGUGGAGCUGAUAAUUAUGAUGAUGAGGAAGAAGAAGAAUAAGAAGAUAUUGAUUAUUAAAAUAAAAAUGAAUAAAAUACUACUCCUUUUAGUAAAUUAAAUUUUGAAAUAGGUGACAGACUUAUAGAAGAAGUGAAUGCAGCUGAUGAAAAAUUAGUUUAAAUCUAGGACAAAGAUAUUGACUUUGACUAAAAUAAGACUAAAGUCCCAUAGAUUAAAAAAACCGAUGAUGUAGCAGGGAUGGCAAAUAAAUAUAAAGCAUAGUCUAAUGCAGAUUAGUAUUCAAUGUCUGAAAGCAGUAACAUGUAGGAACAUCCUUAAAACGAAAAUGUAAAUAACUUAUAGAAUUAAGAUAUGGAAGAUGAAAAUGAUAAACCAGAUCCUUUUGAAACUCCAGCAGAUAAACAUUUUGAUGAAGUUGCUAAAGAUACAAAAGAUGAUGAUAUUUUUGAUUAUUCAUACGAGAAAGAUGAAGACGAUGAUGAUGAGUCAGAUAUUGAUAACUCACAGAAUGAUGAUGAUAGUGGAAAUGAUGAAAAUGAUAGUAUUGAUGAUAUGAAUAGAUAAAGUGUAGUAGAAAAAGAAAAAGUUAAGUUAAGAGUGCCUUUUACUCAAUUUAAAAGUCAAAUAGAAAAUAGUUUUAUAUAAUUUUUAAAAGAAAGCUUAUAUUCAUAAGAGAAUGAGUAAGACACUCACAUUUAAGAAAGUGUCGAGUAAUCUCAAUAGAAUCUUUAGAAAAAGAAAAAAAAUAAAGUACCUCUUAAAGUAAUAUUUCCUGAUAUUAGAGUUGUCCAUAUAAUUGGUAUGAAUUUUGCUCCUUAUUACAGUGAAUGCUAUUGGAUGCUUUAGAGAAUGAAAAUAUAAGAUAAAAUAUUGCUAAAAAGAACAGCAAGAAUUUAAAAAUAUUUCAAAUAUGCAAUGCAUAUUCAAACAAGCGAAGAAAAAAAAAUAGAUGUAAACGAAAAAGAUAUUUUAAUUGCUGCUCCUAUGCUAAAUAGAAAAAGAUUAAAUGCUUGCGAAUAAAAAUAAAUUAACUAUUGA